GGGUGAACGCCUGGAGCCGAGAGCUGUGUGGGUGCCUCCGAAGAGUUGCAAUUUCGACGGAACCCGAGCAAUUUUUUCUACGGAACGUUGUGGCUGCAUUCAGCGCUGUUUUCGGGGCCGUCUUCAUCACGACGAGCCAUGGAGAUACGGAUAAUUGCACGCAGCAUCGACAGGCACACGGAUUGGUGUCAGUUAGGCCUUGCGCGGUUCUUCGGGCUGUGCUGGUAGCUUCAUGUUGUUCGCGGUUCUAGAACCGCUUUCGGAGUAUCGUCCUCGGUGGCCCAAGAUGCUCGUCCCGCCGCCGCGCCCUCCCGCGGAGUGACCGGCGCCAUGCGGGCCCAGGACUCGGACGUUUCCCCGAUCCCUCGCGGGCCCGCCUGACACACCGUGGCGCCGUCCGCCUCCCAAAACAUGGCGGCGGACAGGACCACCUUAAACGCUACAGCCAUGCAACGGACGCACAGCCGAUCCCUGACCUCACUGCCCCCGGAACCCUUUAUGAUCAUGCGCAGCAAGGCGCUCAACCGGCGUGUCAUCAUCAACGUCGGCGGCGCCAAGCACGAGGUGCUCUGGCGGACGCUGGAGCGUCUGCCCCACACUCGACUAGGGCGCCUAAGAGCCUGCAACACACACGAAGCCUUACUCGAGCUAUGCGACGAUUAUUCGUUAGUCGACAACGAGUACUUCUUUGACAGGCAUCCCAGGUCUUUCGGGGCGGUGCUUAACUUUUUCCGCACGGGAAAGUUGCACCUGGUGGAAGAAAUGUGUGUUAUGGCCUUUUCGGACGAUCUGGAGUAUUGGGGCAUCGACGAGCUCUACCUGGAGUCAUGCUGUCAGCAUCGGUAUCAUCAGCGGAAAGAGCACGUUCACGAAGAGAUGAGGAAAGAGGCGGAGUCUUUGAGGCAGAGGGAUGAAGAGUAUUUCGGGGAGGGUAGAAGAGCCAGGUUCCAAAAGUUCCUCUGGGAUCUGCUCGAGAAACCUACCUCAUCAUUGGCAGCGAGGGUGGUGGCAGUGCUGUCCAUCCUGUUCAUCAUCCUGUCCACAAUCGCGUUGACGCUGAACACACUUCCGGAACUCCAGGAACGGGACCACAAGGGCGAAGUGGUGGACAACCCAAAGUUGGCACUCGUCGAAGUCGUCUGCAUCACAUGGUUCACGUUGGAAUACCUGCUGCGUUUCCUGUCUUCCCCAAACAAGUGGAAGUUCUUCAAGGGCGUGCUAAACGUGAUCGACUUACUGGCCAUCAUGCCGUACUUUAUAUCUCUGUUCCUGACGGAGACGAGUACCAAGAAGCAGGACCAGUUCCAAGACGUUCGCCGUGUGGUUCAAAUCUUCCGCAUCAUGCGUAUCCUACGUAUAUUGAAACUGGCUCGCCACUCAACGGGCCUGCAGAGCCUAGGGUUCACACUAAGGAACAGCUACAAAGAACUGGGACUGUUGAUGCUGUUCCUAGCGAUCGGAAUCAUGAUUUUCUCUAGCCUGGCCUAUUUCGCAGAGAAAGAAGUGGAGGACACCAAAUUCACCAGCAUACCAGAAACGUUCUGGUGGGCAAGUAUCACCAUGACGACGGUUGGCUACGGGGAUAUCUGCCCAACCACGCCUCUGGGUAAAAUUGUUGGUAGCGUGUGCUGUAUCUGCGGCGUGCUCGUGAUCGCGCUGCCCAUUCCGAUCAUCGUGAACAACUUCGCGGAGUUCUACAAGAACCAGAUGCGCCGAGAGAAGGCGCUCAAGCGCAAAGAGGCUCUGGAGCGGGCCAGGCGGGAAGGCAGUAUUGUGUCCUUUCACCACGUUAAUCUAAGGGACGCUUUCGCCAAGAGCAUGGAUCUGGUGGAUGUGCUUGUCGACACUGGCCAUAACAUCAGCCAGGUGGAUGCGACAAGCCUGGGCGAGGAUUCCGGGCGCGUAAAUACCGGCACCGGCUGCUAUCGCAACUACGACCAUGCCUUGGCCGGAGGCUGUGCCACCCGGCAGCGGGACUCCCAGUCAUUGCCACCGGGAGCCGUGGGACCCGCGCUGCCUCCCGCGCUGCUCGACUCUAGCCAAGCGCAACAAGGGCAAGGGCGACCACCACAGCACCAUCAGGCAUCAGCGGACGAUACACUCAAUUCCCUCAGCGGGAUGCCCCCCGCAUCAUUCACAACAGGUCAAGGAUACGCCUCACCCGAAGUAAAGGAGUUUCUGGACCAGGACAGCAGCAACGGUUGGCCAGGCAGCGUGGGAGUGGACUUUCGAGCCAACAUCGAAUUGAAGACCAUUAAUCGCUGGGACGUCGGAAGCGUCGAGAGCUCAGAUACGUACGCCUCCUGCAACACGCACCCUUUUCCGUCCCAGGGAGAUUUAACGGAAGACUUGAGCCCUCCUCCCCAGCUGCCCGACGCCAGCAACGUCUACGUCAACCCGCUCGACCCGUCCCUGCCUCCUGGAACCACAGCUACAGGUACUGGAGUCCCACGAAGACCAAGAUUCUUGCAAGGUAUUCGUACUAAGGCGAGGUUCGACCCCGUCGAUGUUAGUAGGGCUUUCCGUACCGGAGACCCCCUCGUCCCUGUGGGACCCCGGCUGUUCAGUGCAACGCCUCCGCCGUCGUCGUCUCCCAGUAGGAGGUCGACGGGAGGACAAUCUGGGAAGUCACCUUUUGCCAAAGUUCUCACCCUGUUCACCCCAGGCAAGAACGGCAGCAAAGGAUGCCUCCUCAACAACUACUCCGACCUCGCACCUAUCGCAGCUGGAAGCCCCGAAACCACCUCCAAGAAGAAGUCCAUCCUGAAGAAAUGCAGCUCGGGCAUCAGUGACAGCCGCACCGAAGAGACCGAAAAGCUCAUCCUCGAACCACGACCGGACGAAGAGCGACCUGCCCGAUGCGUCCCCUCCCAACCGAUCAAGUUCCUCGACGAAGGAACGCGCCAGACUGCCACGACUGGCACAGCGACUACACCUAGUCUGGCAACGGGGAUGCGGGUGGAAACGGUUGACGUCAUGUGUUCUCCCGUGGAGUGCUCUGCGCCGGUGGUGGCGCCCUCGGUGGCCACUUCUGUGGGCGGGACGACGCACUGUUCGAACCCGGUGUGUUGUGCGGCCUCUUCAGGCGGGUGCUUGUGCGGUAGAGGUGUGGUGGUGUCAGCGGAUAGCGCGGAGUUGGCGCCACUCCUCGCUGCAUCUGAUGGAUCGGACGCAGGGGAGAGUCCGUCGGAAGAGACGGCGAGGUUAUUGGGACCGCCGCCACGACCGAUGACGUCGAGGCAGACGUCGAAAGAGGCGUCGUCCUAGCCAAGCCUUGUAUAGACCAGUAUCGCGAUAAUCAAAAAAAAAAGAAGAAGAAGAAGAAAGCAACAAAAAUCGUCAUCUGCCGGACGUCCAAGUCUCAUCAUCCUUUUUUAAAAGCUCCCAUCCACCAUCCUGCAGCUCCCAGUUCUUCAUCGAAGCUUCAAAUGGAUGGUGAACAGCGCGUCGGGUCCUCUCAAACUCCUUUACUCGAAACUCCGAUGCGAAGAACCAUACUUCUCACUAAUGCAAUCCUAUAUGCGGCACAUGUACAAUGUAUAUAGGACUCAUCGCGCACCGUUUCCUACGGGUUAUUUUCUACUGUUGCACGAUGUAGGAAAAAAAUAGAAGUAACAUACGGGGCCGGCGGGCUUCGAGAAAAUGUGGUUUGUACCGCGGGGUUCCUUUCUGUCCUGUUGAGUUUAAUAUCUAGGGAAUCACGUGUGACCUCAACGCAGCCUCGUAAACUUUGAGGAGCCUCGAAGCCGCACCGAAAGACCGCACUAAUCCCACACACUAUCCCGGAACGUAUUGCAGAAGUGAUUUGCGGACACGUGUGCUAUUUCAAAAGUUCCUCUCUCAAAUUGUACCACCUUCAUUCAGUCUUCCCAAAGUCGUACAAAUUUCCAGUGUUCACGAAGAUACAAUCGAGUACCUCGUUCCAACGUUCGAAAACAGACUGUGUUUCUUCUGUUAACAAUGAGCAGACGAUAUCGAAGCUAGUUCCGUUUCCACUACGCCGUCUGCGAUUUUGUCUUUUUAGAUAUCGCACACACAUAAAUGCGCAGUGAAUUAUUUGAUAUCCCCUAUAUGAUGUUUGACAAUGGUCAGCCACGAAACUCACGGCGACUGGACAAUCUGUUUUGCGAAGGCGACUGAAACAGCCAAUCGCAAAUCGCUAUUUCGGUUACUUACUCCCGCAUGGUGCCGCCGUCUGUGGUGCUACGUCAUAAUUUCUACAGCGUACUCGAGAGAAAAACACAACUAAACGGUACUUCACACGACAGAGCAUUCUUGAAAUGGCCGCACUAUUUUUUCGCACGCGGAAGGAUACCCAGUGCAACACACCACCCUAGCAGACGGCUCUACUCGCUGUCGUCUGCGAAGAAAUAUGAACGUUGACAACGGCUCCAAUUUCACGAACGUUUUCAUGACAUCUUCUCAGUGUGUUUAUUGACGCAAGUUGGACAGUGCGCCGGGACUUUCUGGCGGCAAGAUAUUUUAUACUUUCGGGGGUUACGUUAUUAUUAUUUUCUUCGUGUGUGUGCGUGCGUGUGUCUGCGCGAGCAUGGUGUACAUAGUUUUUCUCUACUUGGUUUUGUUGCAAACCUACACUCUUUAGGCUCUGUUGAACUCUGAACUGGUUAGAGCUGUUUUUAGGGCGUUGUUAAGUUUUGGUUUGGUUUGCAGUGCGUUUGAUUUUUGUGAUAGUUUAUUUUCCGGCGAGUUUCAUGUUGGGGUACAUAUUCCUCUUCUGUUCUUUGUUGGACUUCGAAGGGAGAUUCGAACGCAUUGUGAUCCGCGCGCGAAGGCGAUUUGUAAAAUCGUGUCAACUUGCUUGCAAAAAUUCCGCUUUCUAACUCCUUCCAGCCUACUUUCCCUCCUCUUCGAGCUUCCCCGCUUUGCGCUUGAAUCUUUUCACGAAUUCCAUCAAAACUUACAGAAGGCAUUUCUACUGUGCAACAAAUGCGCCGAAACUUUGUGACGUCAAGGCCUAAAUAUCAGACAUCGUGCCAAAAAAUAUUUACCGGUUGUGGGAACAAGCCGACCGCCCCAACUGAUAAAAUCCCCGGCACCCUGUCCGAUAUUGUUCCACCGUCGACGGUUCACGAAUUUUCGGCAAAACUCGCCGGAGUUUCCACAUACUCGACGCUCAACACAAACUUGGGAAACAAAACCUUGCUAAAUUUAUUAUCUGUGAUCGUGCUCGACUGAACAGGACGGCUCGGAUAGUGGUUUUUAUCGCACUUACCCACAUUGCUUUAUUUCUGUUUUGUUUUCUAUUGCGAUGAUCUCUUCGUGUUACUAAUCUGUGUUUUAUAACCCCACGCCUGUUACGCGCUGCGAUUUUUCACCAAGCUCGAAUGUAUGAGGGAAUUUAGUUCCGCAAGCGAACCAAAGAUGGCGCUAGCACUUAUCCGGCCAAAAAACGACCUCCGAUUCGUCCUGUUUCUUGUCGUACACUUAGUCAAUGUGUACUAUAGGAGAUAUAUAUAUAUAUAUGUAUAUGCAUACGUGGUUAACCAAGAGCUAUGUAUUGUCGUCCUGCAUGCACCGUCAGACGCUUGUGCACAUUGCUAUCGCUCGCUUUUUUCGCAAGCAGAUGACAAAGAGAUGAUGGCGCCAGCUACCGCACGACGUAGGAUCCUUCUCGCCCGUGUUUUCUUGGACCUCACUUUGUGUUCGGCUACCGCAUUUCCAUUGUUACGAGCUUCCCUGUGUUCAUUUACUUGUGGUUCACUCUACGAGGCAGCUAUUGCGAUUUUCUCGUUCCUUCUUUUGUGGUUCCAACUUCAAAGUCCGCUAGCUCACCCUUCUGAACCGUUACGGAUACAAAGAACUGUAUGUCGAUGAACAAAAGUCGGCAGUGUGUUUUCUUUUUUACUUUCUGUGAUGUGUCUGCUAGUAGGAAAGAUGAACUGUUGUUCGAACUCGCAAUAAUAACCGUGAAACAAAUAAAAAAAAAAUACGUGGA